AUGCUGAACGGGUGGUGGAAACUAGAGUCGCUUGAAGACUGCGACGUAGAAGAUUUGGAAGAGUGUGAGCCGGAGGACUUGAUUGAUAAUGGUUACGAUCCCGUCGAAGGAUGUACUGUGAAGGACGUUGGGUGGAUGAAGGUUGCUUUUCGUGACACUGGACUGUCCGGCUUCUUUACGAUGGGCCAGCAUGGUGAGUGGGAGGCACUAUACGAGCGGCCUUCUGAAAUUUGUUACCACCUCUAG